AUGGCUUCAGACAAGGUCUGGAAUGCGCCAGGAUCUGAGAAGGGAAAGAUGGAGUCCGAAGGCCCAAUCACCACUGUGCAGCAAGAAUCGAACAACUAUGAUGUCGACUACGAGAAAUAUGGAGCCGACCGCGAUUCGAACCCUAUGCCUGAUCUGAAGCGCAAGCUGAAGAGCAGACAUUUGCAGAUGAUUGCCAUUGGUGGUACUAUCGGAACAGGUCUCUUCAUCAGCAGUGGUUCUGCUGUCGCAGAUGCUGGCCCUGUCGGCGCCCUCAUCGCUUAUCUCUUCGUUGGAAGUAUUGUCUUCUCGGUCAUGACUGCGCUCGGAGAGAUGGCUACCUACCUCCCCAUCCCCGGUGCUUUCACCGCGUACGCGACUCGGUUUCUCGACCCUAGCUUGGGAUUCGCAAUGGGCUGGAUCUAUUGGUUCUCUUGGGCUUCGACUUUCGCUCUGGAGCUCACGGCCACUGGUUUGAUCAUUCAAUUCUGGGAUAGUUCCAUUCAGAUCGCCAUCUUCAUCGCCAUCUUCUGGGUUAUGAUCAUUAUUUUCAACAUGUUCCCUGUCAGCUUCUAUGGUGAACUUGAAUUCUGGUUCUCGAGCAUCAAGGUCCUGACUGUGAUCGGCUUCAUGAUUUUCGCCAUCUGUAUGGAUGCUGGUGUUGGCAAGGAAGGAUAUCUCGGUUUCCGUUACUGGGUCCACCCUGGUCCCUUCGUUGAGUACCUGAUUACCGAUGAUGCAUCUCUGGCCAAGUUUGUUGGUUUCUGGUCAGUUUUGAUCAAGGCCGGCUUUGCUUACCAGGGUACUGAGUUGGUUGGUAUUGCGGCUGGUGAGACUGAGAACCCUCGCAAGACGGUCCCCUCUGCGAUCCGCGGCACUUUCUUCCGAAUCAUCUUCUUCUUUGUCAUGACGAUCUUCUUCAUUGGAAUUGUCAUUCCUUCGGAUGAUACUGACCUCUUGAACAGCGAAGGUAGUGGUGCUUCUGCCUCCAACGCAAAUUCCUCUCCAUUUGUGAUUGCAGCUCGCCGUGCUGGCGUUUCAGCCCUUCCCAGUAUCAUCAAUGCAGUCCUUCUCACUGUGGUCCUGUCAGCUGCCAAUUCGAACGUCUACAGUGGCAGUCGUAUCGUUGUUGGUCUGGCUCAGGAGGGCUUUGCUCCCCGUUUCUUCAAGAGAACCACCAAGGGCGGUGUGCCUUACCUUGCAGUCUUGUUCACUUCUCUGUUCGGACUUCUGGGUUUCCUCAACGUGUCCGACAGUGGUGCGACUGUGUUCAACUGGUUGCUUCAGAUUGCCGGCGUAGCUGGUUUCAUCACUUGGUGUUCCCUCAACGCCUGUCACCUUGCCUUUAUGCGCGCACUGAAGGCACGCAACAUCUCCCGAGAUGCGCUACCUUAUAAGGCUAUCUGGCAGCCAUGGUACUCCUGGUACGGACUGUUUUUCAACACUCUGAUUAUCAUCACCCAGGGAUUCACUGGUUUCAUCCCUAACUUCCAGCUUCAGGAGUUCUUCAUCAACUACCUUAGCUUGAUCCUAUUCGUGGUCCUAUAUAUUGGCCACAAGUUAAUCUACCGUCCCGCAUUUGUCAAGCCGAUCGAGGCCGAUCUCGAUACUGGCCGAAUCAACUAUGACAAUGAGACCUGGGAAACCACUGAGCCAAACACCUCUUGGUACCGCAAGCUGUGGUCCUGGAUUGCUGGUUAG